GCGGCGGCCCGCGGGCCCGGCUGCUUCCGGUGGGGAAGAUGGCGGCCAGGGCGGCCGCGGCCGGAGCGGUGGCGGAGGAAGAGGAGGAGGACAUGGAGGCCCGCGGUCUCCUCCGGGCCUGGAGCAUGCAGCAGUUGCGAGACACGUUCGGCCUGGACGUCAGCGAGGAGAUUGUGCAGUAUGUAUUGUCGAUCGAGAAUGCUGACGAGAUCCGCGAGUACGUCACCGAUCUCCUUCAAGGAAACGAGGGUAAAAAGGGGCAGUUCAUAGAAGAGCUCAUAACUCGGUGGCAAAGAAAUGGUCAAAGAUCGUUUUCCGACCCUCCUCAGAUGUACCGAAAAAAGGAUGAAGUUUCAGAUGGACAGAGACCUGGGGACCUGUUGAAGAAGGGUAGACGCAAAGGGAGAAACAGGCAGGAAGCGCCUGCGUUUGUCGAACCUGACUGUGCCGUAGAGGAAGUCAAAACGCCCUUUGAUUUGGCUAAGGCACAAGAGCACAGCACCUCGACCAAAAAGAAGACAAAGUACGUCAGCCUGUAUACCACCGAGGGACAGGACAGGCUGGCCGUCCUGCUCCCCGGCCGCCACCCCUGCGAGUGUCUGGGCCAGAAGCACAAGCUCAUCAACAACUGUCUGACCUGCGGGCGGAUCGUCUGUGAGCAAGAGGGCUCCGGGCCCUGUUUGUUCUGUGGGUCUCUGGUGUGUACACGGGAAGAACAGGACAUUCUGCAGCGGGAUUCAAACAAGAGCCAAAAGCUGCUGAAGAAGCUUAUGGCAGGAACUGAGAAUUCCGGGAAGGUGGACUUACUCAACAAGGAUCUCCUUCCUCGUCAGGAAUCUCGAAUUAAGACCGGUCUGGAGAAGGCAGUGAAGCACAAGGAUAAAUUGCUAGAGUAUGAUAGGACCAGCGUGCGGCGAACCCAAGUCAUUGAUGAUGAGGCAGAUUACUUUGCCACCGACUCAAAUCAGUGGCUGUCCAAGGUGGAACGAGAAGCUCUUCAAAAACGGGAGCAGGAGCUGCGAGACCUACGCCACGCCUCCCGCCUCUCCAAAAAGAUCACCAUCGACUUUGCUGGGCGGCAGAUCCUGGAGGAACAAGGAACUCUGGCAGAAUAUCACAGCAAGCUGGAUGAGACCAUCCAGGACAUUAACUCUGGAACCUUGAACAAGCCAGUUCCCAAGCUAAAGCGAACCUCAGGAGAGCCCUUGGGGGUUCUGGUAAAUCCAUAUCUGCACCAGCCUGCUCCCCUGUGGGUGGACCAGACAGGCUCAGCCCCUCAGCGAAAGAGUCUGCAUUCUGCGGAAUCCAAGAUGGAGCCCAACCCGGAUCGGAGCAGGCUGAGAAUCCAGGAUAGAGAAUUGCAGGAGAUUGCCGACGACGGCUGGUGCCUCAGCAUGCAUCAGCCGUGGGCCUCGCUUCUUGUCAGAGGAAUUAAACGGGUAGAGGGCCGAACCUGGUACACCUCCCACAGAGGGCGACUGUGGAUAGCGGCCACAGCCAAAAGACCCUCCCCUCAAGAAAUUUCAGAGCUCCAGGCUACGUAUCGCCUUCUUCUUGGAAAAGAUUUGGCAUUUCCCAGUGAUUAUCCAUCCGGUUGUCUCCUUGGCUGUGUGGACCUGACUGACUGCUUAUCUCAAGAGCAAUUUAAGGAACAGCACCCGGACCUCAGUCAAGAAUCUGAUUCUCCGUUCGUCUACCUCUGCACAAAUCCCCAGGAAAUGAUCGUGAAGUUUCCCAUCAAAGGAAAACACAAGAUCUGGAAACUGGACUCCAAGAUCCAUCAAGGAGCGAAGAAGGGGUUAAUGAAGCAGAAGGCAACCGUCUGACCCAGCGGGGAAAGAACCUCCGUUGGUAGGGCAGAAAGAAGCCUGGGACUCUGGUUUCCUCCUCGUUUUCCCUCCGGAAGCCGAGCCGGUGGAAGUACCCAGCGAGGAAUCUCAGCGACCGUAAACUCCUCGGCAGGGUGGAAUCUUUCGCCGAGUCCAUGGGCCAGACCGUGUAUACCGUGUGUAUAAAAACCAUUUGAAAAGUU